GCCGUGCCCGCGCCGUGCCCGCGCCGCGCGGCCGCCAUGUUGUUGUGGCGGUGAGAGGCGGCGGCGGCAGCCGGAGCCCAGCGAGCCGGGCCCAGGCAGGCGGCCGAGCCCCGGGGACCGGCUGUGGGGGCCCCGCGCCAUGCCCGGCCCUGCCCCGCGCUCUGUUCUGUUGAUGGGAUCCGAGCAGAUGUUGGCCUUCUCUGACGGUGAGCUCUCAUUCAGCACUAAGGUAUGAAGACUUUUCCUCUUGCAUAAGAAGACUUGAUUUGUUCUGGUUGAGGAAGAAACAGUUUGGCAGCUUGCUAAAGGAAGCAGUGGAUGAGGGAGUAGCAACUUCAUCUGGGAAGAGCAGCUAGGUGGUGGUCUGGUGAGUCAGGUGGCUGCCAUCCUGGAGAUUUAGAUGUGUCCCUGCCCUGCUUUGGAUCGUGGCGCCGGGUGUUGCCAAUGUGAAAUAUUGGAAGAGUAUCGUCUGAAACUUUCUGGGACAAAGAGGACUGUUUUAUUCUCUCUCAUAUUUUGAUUUUAUUAAAAAGUGAAGAAGAGCCUCAAAAUACUGCAAGUAAAGACGAGGAUUCCUCCUCCUGUCCAGGGCCUGUCAUGGAUGAAGAGACUCAGCACAGCCUUGAAUGCAUCCAGGCUAAUCAGAUUUUUCCCAGGAAGCAGCUUAUCCGAGAGGAUGAGAACCUUCAGGUCCCGUUCAUUGAACUUCAUGGUGAGAGUACAGAGUAUGUAGGACGAGCAGAGGAUGCCAUCAUUGCACUUUCUAAUUACAGACUUCACAUCAAAUUCAAGGAGUCUGUUGUGAACACUGGCUGUCCAAACGAUGCUUGUGAAACCUCAGUUCCAUUGCAGCUUAUAGAAAGUGUUGAGUGCCGUGACAUAUUUCAACUUCAUUUGACUUGCAAAGACUGCAAGGUUAUAAGGUGUCAGUUCUCUACUUUUGAGCAGUGUCAAGAUUGGCUGAAGCGUCUGAACAAUGCCAUCCGCCCUCCUUCAAAGAUAGAAGACCUUUUCUCAUUUGCCUAUCAUGCUUGGUGCAUGGAGGUGUAUGCUAGUGAAAAGGAACAGCAUGGAGACUUGUGUCGGCCAGGAGAACAUGUAACUUCAAGGUUUAAAAAUGAAGUGGAGAGGAUGGGUUUUGAUAUGAACAAUGCCUGGAGGAUUUCCAACAUCAAUGAGAAGUACAAGCUCUGUGGCAGUUACCCACAGGAAAUCAUAGUUCCCGCCUGGAUCACGGAUAAAGAGCUGGAGAGCGUGGCAAGCUUUCGAUCCUGGAAGCGCAUCCCUGCUGUUGUGUACAGGCACCAGAGCAAUGGAGCAGUUAUUUCCCGCUGUGGACAACCCGAGGUCAGUUGGUGGGGCUGGAGGAAUGCAGAUGACGAGCACCUUGUCCAGUCGGUAGCCAAAGCCUGUGCCUCAGAUUCGAGGUCCAACAGUAACAAACUAAUGAAUGGAAAUUGUUCCAGAGAUUUCUCCAAUGGAGGAGACCUCUCUGAUGUGGAAUUUGAUUCCUCCAUCUCUAAUGCUUCGGGAGCAGAGAGUUUGGCAAUACAGCCUCAGAAGCUUUUGAUCUUAGACGCACGAUCCUAUGCAGCAGCUGUGGCGAACAGAGCCAAAGGUGGAGGCUGUGAGUGCCCAGAGUAUUAUCCAAACUGUGAAGUAGUAUUCAUGGGAAUGGCAAACAUUCAUUCUAUCCGGAAGAGCUUUCAGUCCCUGCGUUUGCUCUGCACGCAAAUGCCAGAUCCAGGAAAUUGGUUAUCAGCUCUGGAAAGUACCAAGUGGCUGCAGCACUUAUCUGUGCUUCUGAAGUCUGCGCUACUCGUGGUUCAUGCUGUGGACCGAGACCAGCGACCUGUCUUGGUGCACUGCUCCGAUGGCUGGGACCGAACCCCCCAGAUAGUGGCGCUGGCCAAACUGCUGCUAGAUCCAUAUUACAGGACCACAGAGGGUUUCCAGGUGCUAGUGGAGACGGAGUGGCUGGAUUUUGGCCACAAGUUUGCAGAUCGCUGUGGCCAUGGUGAGAAUUCGGAUGACCUAAAUGAGCGCUGCCCAGUGUUUUUACAGUGGCUGGACUGCGUCCAUCAGCUCCAGAGGCAGUUCCCUUGCUCUUUCGAGUUUAACGAAGCAUUCCUUGUCAAAUUGGUGCAGCACACCUACUCUUGCCUCUUUGGUACAUUCCUGUGCAACAAUGCGAAAGAGAGAGGAGAAAAACACACUCAGGAACGGACCUGUUCUGUCUGGUCUUUGCUGCGGGCAGCAAACAAAGCCUUCAAAAACCUGCUCUACUCCUCCCAGUCUGAAUCUGUGCUGUAUCCAGUGUGCCAUGUGCGUAAUUUAAUGCUCUGGAGUGCUGUUUACCUGCCGUGCUCUUCCCCCUCCACACCUGCUGAUGACACCUGUGCCCCAUACCCUGUUCCAGGCUCUAACCCUGAAGAUCAGCCUCUGGGCAGGUUACCAAAGACAAGAUCAUUUGACAAUCUGACGACAGCCUGUGAUAGCAGCAUGCCUACAACCAAUCGACGCAGUAGCGACCCCAGCCUAAACGAGAAGUGGCAAGAGCACCGCCGGUCUCUGGAGUUGAGCAGCCUCGGGAAUCCCGGGGACGAUCCAUUUGAUGGAGACAGCCUGAGUAAACAAGGCAGGGCUCUGGUUGGAGCAGAGCUUUCUGUUGCAGCCGGUGUGGCAGAGGGACAGAUGGAGAACAUUUUGCAAGAGGCCACUAAAGAUGAUGUUGGUCUGGAGGAGCACUUAAGGGGCAGCCUAGAGCCAGCAGGUAAAGUGGAUGAGAUUGCCCUGGAGAAGGAGAAGAGGACUGAAAAUCUGCAUGGGUAUGUCAGUGACCUCUGUGAAAAGACGGAGGUGGAUAGAGGUAUUGUCAUGAACAAUCCACAUCCAAUAUCACAAGGUGCUUCUGAGCUUAGAGGACACCAGGAUGAACAGACUGAUCUCAGUAACACUAUCCAGCAGUUACCUCAGGUGAAAGGACUAUCGACUGUUCCUUUGGAGAGUUCUGUAAACAGAGACACUCAGAAGAACACGGAGGAAGGUGUUAGCAAGGUUGAAGGAGAAGCAGAGAGCCUGUACAGCACAUCGCAGGCCAGCCUUCCGUUACCUCUUACAAUCCCACCCGAGGCAAGAACAUCCAACAUCGAAAGUUCUACGGAAACCUUAACAGAGAGUGAAGCCAAGCAGGAGCUGAUUGCUAAGGGUCCGUGCCACAGACCUCACCCGAUCAACAACAGUGCUGGCGAACUCUCGCGAACUAUUGAGAACAGGCCAGAGGGGGAAAGCAUGAUAGAGCUUCAAAAACUGAGCACAAAAGCACAUAGGACUUCUGGUAGCAGCAGCACGCACCUCCCGAUGCCUUCCCCUUGUGCCUUGCCUUUAGCUGAAUGUAAAGAUGAGAUUGUCUGUAACGGAGAGCUGGAGCCCGAGAACAAGAUGACCGAGAAGCCCGUGGGGUUUAGCAUCAUGCAGAAAUACCACGCGACCAACGGGCAUUGCGUGAACGGGGAGGACGGCAGGAUCAAGGCCUCUCUGAGUCGGCAGGUCUCCGCAGCUAGCUGUAGUUCCGCGCAGUUUCACUUGCGGAACUUGCACCAAAAAUGGCUGUUUAGCCAUCUGGGGAAGCAGCAGGCAGCCAGCAGCCCAGACCAACCUGCCAGAAGUCACCUGGACGAUGAUGGGAUGCCCGUCUACACCGAUGUUAUCCAGCAGCGCCUGCGCCAGAUAGAAACCGGGCAUCAGCAAGAAGUGGAGACCUUGAAGAAGCAAGUGCAAGAGUUGAAAAGCCGGUUGGAGAGCCAGUUCCUGAACAGCUCCCUGCGUCUCAAUGGUGAUUAUGGAGACGAAGUGACUUCUAUACCCGACUCGGAAAGCAAUCUGGAUCAGAACUGCUUGUCUCGCUGCAGCACAGAGAUUUUCUCUGAAGCCAGCUGGGAACAGGUGGAUAAACAGGACACAGAGGUGACACGAUGGCUUCCAGACCACCUCGCUGCGCACUGCUAUGGCUGUGACAGCACCUUCUGGCUGGCCAGCAGGAAGCACCACUGCAGGGACAUUGAACGUGUUGAUCAAAUCUGGAAUUGUGGAAAUGUGUUCUGCUCCAGUUGCUGUAACCAGAAGGUGCCAGUUCCUAGUCAACAGCUCUUUGAACCCAGCAGAGUCUGCAAAUCAUGCUACAGCAGCUUGCACCCAAGCAGUUCCAGCCUUGAUCUUGAACUGGAUAAACCCAUCACUGCCACGUCUAAUUAAAGUUCCAGCCUAGAAGCAGCGGGAAGCAGCCGCGUCGACUCUUCCCUGCACAGACAUGCACAUUCUCGGUGGGCUGAGGCUGGGAGGAGGAGGGAGCCGUGCACUUUGGAGGCUGGGGCGUGGAACACUGCUCGGUGGGACAGACCUUGAGGACGUACCGCUGGAUUGUGGGAAUCUCCUUUUCCAGCUAUUUCCCCUUUCCUUUCUGUCCUAUUUGUGUGUAUGUGUGUGCGUGUACGCGCCUGUGUGUGUGUAUAUAUAUAUAUAAUAAUAUAUAUAUGUUUGCUUGUUUGCUGGAAGAUUGUGGAAGUGGGAAGGGAGCUGGCACCGGAACCAGAUUUCCCUUGUGUAUUUAACUGCCCCACUGCUGAACUGUGUUGCAGACAGAUGAUUUUAUGGAGGAAAGGAGAAGAGGGGAACCAGCCCAGCCAGUGUGCAAAGUGAAUACCUGUAGCGUCAGUGCUAGUGCUUUCAAUCACUCCUGUUACUUCCAAACAAGAAACUGCUGUUUGGGAACUCGUUGCUGCUAGAAGAAAUGGGAAUCUCUUUCCCAAGAGAGCACUCUCCCUCUCUGUUCUUAGAGUGGGCUUAGUUAUCCUCACUGCGUGAAGGGGGGAUCGGUCACAGAUUUCCACGCUCAGCGGCUCUGUGCUCACACACACAAUCAACAUGUUUUAUCGCCAUCAGCCCUCUGGCUGUGGCUCUGAGUGAAAACACCUGGACAACGUCGGCUAUGGAAAGUGCGCGCGAGUUUGUGAGAGGUGAGAAGGGGAUUGACCAGGCUGCCGAGCCGAGAUUGGUUUUACACUGGCGCCUCUAUCUGAAGGUCUGUAAAUGCAAUUCGUUAUUUAAACCCAGUGGGAAAGUAGAAGACCUUCGACUUCUAUCCUUGUCCCAGCUGUAGGUUGGUUUACUCAACGCAAAGCUACUUCUGGAGCAGUGCACCUGUCAUGGUUCGUACAAACAGUCUGUCGUGCUAUUGUUUAGACCCGCACUUUAACGAGACUAUCCACAACAACGAAAGAACAACUGUGAUAUGCUGGUAUUUUCGCUGAGCUCAGUCCAUGAGUGCACUGGUGCUUGUCAUAUUCCUGGGAUGUCUCCUCCUUUUUCAGUCUGUAUCCAAUAUACUCCAGAUAGGAAAAAACCUGCCUGAGGAUUAUAUAAAGACCUAAAACACGUCAUGGAUUCCCCUUCUUCCUUCUGUCCCAAUCUGAGUCGCUUUUAAAGUCACCUCAUUAAAGUGUGAAUCUCUUGAAUAUAUGUUUUUUAAAUGAGCGUUAGGUACUCAGCCCCUUUUCCCUUUCGAUAGAGCCUGCUUAGUGCAAUUUGGCAAGGAGGAAACGCGUAUGGUGAUAUCCUGCUUCACAAUGCAUUGCCUAGACUAAGUUAGGGCUUCUCUUGUGAUAUUCUCAAGAACACAAAAAUCCUGCUGGAGUAUUUGAGAGUUUUAAAUAUAAAAGGUCAAAAAAAUCUAACAAGUCUUGGGAGAGGAGUGCAUCCCUUCCCUGCAAUGUCACAAUCACGUAGUCCAAAGUGAGGAUCACACAGAGAAAACCAUCUGGGAAUAUUUAUUAGAUCUGAUGGGGAAGAAAUGACAGGGUAUAUUGUGUUUGGCGUUUGAACUUCCCACACCCUUUGCGAGGAUUGUCACGCUGCUGCGGUUUGAGCUGAAGACUCACAAGAUAAAAAUGAAUGUCUAGGAGGCUGGCUUAGCACAGCCGCCCGUGUCCUUACGGGAAGGAGGUCUGGUAACAAAGCGUCUCCCCGGUACGCGUUUUGAAAUGGUUUGCAAACCAUCGGGUGGGAAAAGCAAAGGAAAAGAUGGGCUCUCCGGUCGAGUUGUGUCUCUAAGAACUUGCUCCUGAAGCAGUGCGGUAAAUCUGGAAGAGGACUCUAGGCGUUGCUGUGUCGUGUAAAACAGAGGGAGCUGGAGCGGGAACGGGGUAACACGCAGCUCCCGUCUCUGGCUUUUCCUCGGAGGUGGGCGAUUAGAGGUGUGACUUAGGGGACAUGGUGUAGUUCUGCACACUAACAUUGUGUGGUUUUGUGGUGCAAAUAGACAGUCAAAAAUAAGUCUAAGAUUCUGCAGUUCCUAAUGACAGGUGCCAAGAGGUUAUGAUACGGGUUUUUGGGGUCUGUGAUGUACAGUGUGAAUAAAUGCUUGCAGCUCUUAGUCUUUUUUUGAUCGAUGAAGCACUUUUUUAUUAAUAUUAUUUUUCUUUGUAUGUAAAGGAGGAACCAGUAUCUCUCCAUAGCUGUAUAUAUAACCCUUCUCUCCUAAAGAGAGUAAAGUGCUCCUAUAUUUUUCAUUUUUGUCAAAGCGAGAAGUAAAUACUUUAGAAUUGUUAAAUAUAUAAAUAAAAGUGAAUAAAGUUUAGAAUUUUGCAUGGGAGCAUUUGCUAACACACUUUCUAGUUUUUUAUUUUUCUUUCCUGUCCUUCAUAGGAGAUAUAUUUGAGGUUCAGCAGAAACACCAAGGCCUUUGAAAAAGGAGGCUGCAGCAGCCUCCCCUUGCUUUCGCUUCCAUUGUGUCUUCGCAAGGAACAACAAACUGUUGCUCCUAAACUUCGAAGAAAAAUCACCCAGCUUGGUUUCCCUGGUGCACCAGGAGUCCCAGGGAGGGGGGAGAGGUCACCAACCAGACAGGUGCUCUCUGUACAACCGGCACGGUUUUCUCAGAGGCUGGAGAACUGCGUAAGGGUUCUGCCCCUUGGUACCUCGUUUUUCUUCUUCCCCUUCACUGACCAUCACGUGUCAGAGUGUGAUCCAGUGAUGCCAGCCCAAAUGUAGGAGUGGCCCAGGUUGCCAGGGAGCUCACCCUGCUUUCAGUAGCAUUUGGCAGAGGAAACUUUUCCCUUUCCCUUUCCCUUUCCCUUUCCCUUUCCCUUUCCCUUUCCCUUUCCCUUUCCCUUUCCCUUUCCCUUUCCCUUUCCCUUUCCCUUUCCCUUUCCCUUUCCCUUUCCCUUUCCCUUUCCCUUUCCCUUUCCCUUUCCCUUUCCCUUUCCCUUUCCCUUCCCCUCUGCGGUGAGCAAGCAGCAGCACUCGCUGCAGUGGCAGCACGGGGGGGAGCAGAGCUUCAUUCUCGUUUGCACACUUUCUGCCUUAUUUGCGAUGCUGGCUGGUGGAGCUGUAGCUCUUGGGGAACAAACCAAACUCACUCAGGUUUAACAUCUCUUAAUCUUUUCCCAGAAGGUGAAAAACCUAACUGCAAAAGUCUCUUGCACAAAGGUUCUCGUUUUCCUAGGGCUGUUCGGUUGUUUCAGCAGCGUGGCUGCAGGCACUUCCAUCACAUGAGCUCAUCCUCAUCACUUCUUACAUAUUUUAGGUCGAGGGAGGGGAUUUGUCCUGAAUUCUCAGGGAGAUUGAAGAGCUUCUUGAGCAACUGUGAGUUCUUUUGGGGCAGGCCUGUUCUAGUCACAAGGUGUUGUGCACAAUUGCUUUAUAAUCUGAAGGUGUUUAUUUAAUCAAAACUGCAGAUUCUGGGCAGAGCUGUGAUCACAGCUGGUGGUAGUAUUUUCAGCUUCAAGAAUUAAAAGAAAAAAAGGUACAUACAAUGUUUUGCACUAUUAAGAACAUGCAAAGGAACAGCAGGUUUUCAGUUACCCACCAGAAUUUGAUUUCAUAUAGCUCCUUUCAUACUUGAGUUCCUUCUGAGUGCUUUUUCAGUAACUCACUCCUCUAGCACAGCGGCUGCAGGCUGUGUGCGUGCCACCACUCAGCCCUGGACACGGCGCUUCUUGGAUGUUCCCCGUUACGGAAACGCGGAGCAAACCCCGUGAGUCCUGCGCGGGAGUUGGAGGGAGUCAGAGGACUUUUACCUUCCACGUAGUGAAGCCAGAAGCAUCACCGGCCUGGCAGCUCUGCUAGGGGAGCACCCAAGUGGCGCUUCCAGUGAGCGAUUCUUCCUAACGAACGCCCUUUCCUCUUUUCUUUCGUUACAGCUCUUAAAAAGCCCAAAAGCCCAAAGGGAGAGCAGAGCUGCUGUCACAGCGCGCAGCUUCGGUGCUGGCUGGCAUGCUGUGAUUUUCUUAAAACGACCCCCUCGUGCACAGGCCCUGUGAGCAGCGUAUGUGAUCGGGGUGAGGGAAAAGCCCAUCUCUUUGAACGCCCCCCGGCCCCAGGCAGGACAGCAGCGAGCCCAGCAUCUCCCGGUGGGAGCAGGACGGGGUGGGCAGCAGCGAUGCUGCAGGCUGGGCGCAACUUCAUUGUACGGGAGGGCGAGGUAGCAGCAGCACAGGGGAUGAAAAGCCAAAGGCUCUUCCUCUGGGGGUGAAGGGGAAGAGGCUGUGGAGAAGCACGCACUGCGCAGGAGGGGCUGCCGUGGCGGGAUGGGGUCCAGGCCAGGAGAGGCUUUGAACUGAGGCUGCAAAGGGAACAGCCGCAUGCAGGAACGCUGAGCUGAUGCUGAGGUCGUGUAAGAGAUACGGGGUGUCCGGAUAUUUGUGGUUGUUCUAUAAUUGUCCCUCUAGUAGGUCCGGAAUUACUCAGCACAAGGAAUUGAGGAAACAGGGUCCAGAGGCGGUUACGAGACGGCGUCAAGCUGGGCUGUGCUGGAAGGAGACACAGAGAAGUGGCUCAGAUGCUGCCAAGCGGAGGCCGGUGCUCUGGGCUCGCUCACAUGCAGGGGCCCGAUCAGGUUUUACAGCAGCUUCAGAGCAGCCCUCAGCCAGGUUCCGUGGCUUGGCAUCGCUUGGGAAUUGCUAGAGAGUUACAUGGAGUUACCUUUUGUGCUUAAAAAGCAAAACCAGCGAUUUAGGCUCCGAGUCGAACAAGGAACGUGAGCAAACGCAGCUCCCGCUCGUGCAGCGCCCGCAGACGGGUGCGUUCUCUGUGAGGAGCCGCGGUUGCUCCUGCUGGUGGGUUUUUCUCUAAAGGACACGCGGGCGAUGCUCCCACGGGCCGUCCCAUACCCCUACAGCCAGACAGACUGCUGAAGCCAGGGCGUGUGAAGUUUCUGGUUUGCAAUAUUUUUAAUUAUUUUUAUUAUUAUUACAAUUCAACUCGCUUCUUUGUUAAACAGGGAAUCCACCAGCAUUAGAGCAGGAUGCAGAAACAGAAAUGGAGCCUUUCAAUAGAGCCACCUCUGUACAAACCUUUAUCUCUCUUGCUGACCCCACACCAUAAAGAAAUGCCAUUUCUUGGGCAGAGGGACAACAGAUUCCCAUCUCUUCAUUUUACACUCAAAACGCAGGCAUUGGAGCUCAGAUUGUAGCAUUUCGGGAUCGAAGAUUACCGUACUCUUCAACUUUCAAAUUUUUUUAAAUGCUGCUAAAGUUUUAUCUUACUAUUUAACAAACAUUUUUAAAACUGAUUUCCCAGCGUUGUUAUGAAAUGAUUUUUACCUUGCAGUGGCAACAGGUGAUGCAUUUGAUUGUCAUUUUUUUUGGUGGAAUUUGUAUUAAAAUCACAUCUGAAGUCUUGAUUAAUAACUUCAAGAACAUUAAAUGUUUUAAAACAGGCAAUCCUAUGAGAGCAGAGAGCUGUUUAGCAGCAGCAUAAAGUGUUAGACCCUAGUGCUUAUUUGUUUGUAACAGCAUUUAUUCUGCUGUAGCCUCAGAGUGAAUAUUUAGAUCUUAAUAAAUUUGUCAUUUCCUA